GAGACAGUGAAAAAGGCUUAUACCUAGGCUGUACUUGUCUGGUGAAGAAGGAGAGAGAUUCAUUGGAGGUAGUGUAUGUGGAGAGAGAGAGAGAGAGAGAAGAGAAUAGUUACCUAGUAGUAGUUGACCCCUCAUCAUGUUAUCCCAGUUGACCUGGUUUUCUUCCUCUCUUUCUCUCUCCCUCACACACACACACUCCCUCUCUCUCUCUCUCUUCUUCUCUCUUCUUCUAGCUCUCCUUUCUGUCUUUUUUUUCCCCUUUUUUUCUUUUUUCCCCUUCAAAUCAUCCUCUCCUCUCCCGCCUCCUCCAUGCGGCUACCAGAGCUCUGGACCAGGCCCAAAUCCCGAAAAUCCGUGUGGUUGGCGCUGGCUGCCUUCUGCGUGGUAUGUUCGUCGCUGGUGCUCUUGUACGUGGUACCGCCAGCAUCUUGGGAUCAUCCUGUGGUUGCCCCAAUCCAAGUUCAUUCCGAUACCACUAAUAAUAAUAAUUCCACUGCCAAUAAUAAUACUCUUCCCUCCAAUAAAAAUCCUGGAAAUGCAGUCCUGGGUGACCGCCGCUGCCAGGCCUUUGCCGAUCCGGGAAAUGUGUUGUUCGUGAUCAAAACCGGCGCCACCGAAGUCUACGAGAAGCUUCCCACCCAGUUGCUCACCACCCUGGGCUGUGUUGACGAGUUUCUUAUUUUCUCCGAUCUCGAAGAGCAAAUCGGUCCCUAUCACGUCCGCGAUACGCUUGCCGACUUCAAUGAGACCCUCAAGGCCACCCUCGCGGACUUCGAGCUGUACCGGCUACAGCAGGAGUACCGCCGUACAGGGCAGGAUAUGGCCCAGCUGAAAGGGGGCUCAGCCUGGAUCCUCGACAAGUACAAAUUCUUGCACCUUGUUGAGAAAACUUGGAACGAACGGCCCGGUCGCGAAUGGUACUUCUUCAUCGAAACAGACACCUACGUCGUCUGGACCAACUUUAUCCUCUGGCUCCGUCAGAUCUCGCCGCCCAAGGAUCCGUUGUAUCUGGGCUCAGUCGCCUAUGUUGCAGGCGAACCCUUUGCUCACGGUGGCAGUGGAUUCUUGAUAUCCGGUAAACUUUUGGAGCGUCUUGUCGGUCAGAAUCCGGGCAUGGCAAAUCGCUACGACGAUUCCUUCUCCAACCAGUGCUGUGGAGACUUCGUCCUCGCGCAUACCAUCCGCACGGAACUCGACAUCGGCGUCCGUAACUACUGGCCCCAGAUCAACGGAGAGAAACCGUCCACUAUCCCGUUUGGGCCCACGCAUUGGUGCCAGCCCGUUAUAACGAUGCACCAUUUACACCCGCGUGAACGGGCCACCAUAUUUGAGUUCGAGCAGGCGCGCCCGGAUCUAAAGCAACCCUUUACCUUUCGCGAACUAUCUGAAAUCACCUUCCCUACAGACCACCUGCGCGUCCUCGAAGAAGACUGGGACAACCAAUCGAACGUGAAAAUCGAAUUCGAUAACGGGGCCACCCCCACUCUCGACAGCUGCCGCGACGGCUGCCUGAGUCUCAAGGACUGCUUCCAGUACCGCUACAGCGAUGGAGAGUGCCAUAUUUCCACGCAAGCGUUCCGGUUAGGGAUAAAGCGUAAGCCCGAGGAAGGACGGAGAUGGUUUUCCGGCUGGAACGUCGAGUAUAUUCAGCAUUGGAGGGAUACCCAUCCUUGUAAAAAGGUGGAGUGGGUGAAGCCGCAUUAAUUGAAUUACUACCUUCCUUCCCCACCACCUAGCUAUUAUGGCAUUCAUUAUAUUAGAUUCCCGGUAUCUUGGAAACAAAGAACAAAGAGAAACAAAGAACAAAAGAAAGUGAAAAAAAAAAAAAAAAAAAAAAAA